AUGCAAGAGUCACUGGACAAGAAGGAGAACAAACUUCUCUCUAUUUUUGGCCCUGGCACUGAGCUAAAACUAAUAAUAUCUUUGUCUUUGCCCUAUUUUCAGGAAGCAGUGUUGUUUCCACACACAGUUACCGCUGAACAGCAGUCCAUGGUUUUGGUGAAAAGGCUUCUGGCCAUCUCUGUUUCCUGUAUAACAUACCUGAGAGGGCUGUUCCCAGAGAGCUCAUAUGGAACUCGCUAUUUAGAUGACCUCUGUCUGAAAAUCCUUCGAGAAGAUAAAAGCUGUAUGGGAUCACUGCAGAUAGUCAAGUGGAUUCAAGGUUGUUUUGAUGCCCUAGAAAAGAACUAUUUGCAUAUGGCUGUCCUGGCAAUUUACACUAAUCCCAAGGAAACAGAGAGAGUGACUGAGCUGUAUCAGUUCAAAUUCAAGUACACAAAGGGCAGACCACAGAUGGACAUCAUAAGCAACAAAAUGGCCUCUAUGAAUGGGGUAUGCAGUGGGGAGAUUAAGAAAGCCAGUGUUCUCUUGACCCGUAAACUGUACCUCUUAAUGCAGAACCUCAAACUUCCCAAUGAUAUUACCCUGACCAUGAAACUCUUCUACUAUAAUGAUGUAACUCCUGAUGAUUACCAGCCCCCUGGCUUUAAGGAAGGCAGUAGCCCAGAUAACCUGCUGUUUGAUGGUGAUCCUGUCAACCUGAAAGUAGGAUCUGUCUCCACUGGGUUUCAUAUCCUAAAAGUGAGGGUAACAACUGAGAAUAAGAGGAUGAGGGCAUUGGGAAGCAACCUGGUCCAGGAGAAUGGCCCAACUGAGAUUUCCCAUCAAGGGCUAGAUUGUGAUGAAGAAGAAGAAGGUAAUAGAAAGAACAACCCUUUGCCUGUCAGGGUACAGUCAAGUAAACAUGGGAAGAGCAUAAGUGACACAAAUUCAGGCUGGCAGACUGAAGUGUUUAGUCUUCACUCUCAAAACACAGAAAUAGCACUAAAACUGGAGUUGUAUCUGAAACUGACACAGGCUCAAUGCCAGCAUGAAAUUUAG